AUGGCGCAGUCCGUUCCACCCGGUGACAUCCAUACUCAGCCGAGCUCGAAAAUUGUAUUCAAUUCGCCAUAUGACGACAAGCAUACCUAUCACAUCAAGAUCACCAACGCUGGCGGUCGUCGUAUCGGUUGGGCCAUCAAGACCACCAACAUGAGACGCCUGGGCGUGGAUCCGCCGUGCGGUGUGCUCGAUCCCAAGGAGAACGUCCUCAUGGCGGUCUCGUGCGAUACGUUCAAC